GUUCCUACAAAUCGCGGAUUUUCGUUUUCUGUCCUGUCAAACGUUCGAAUUUUUCAUUGCAUUUUCAUUUAUUAUUUUAUCGUUCGCGAAUAUUUCUUGUACUGUUGUACAAUUAUAAAAAGACUGUGAUAACGAAAUUUAUUAUAGGAAAAAUGCCUAUCGACCAAAUACAGUACUCUGAGAGAUACACUGAUGACGUUUACGAAUAUAGACAUGUCCUCCUUCCACCUGAUGUAGAAUCUAAAGUCCCCAAGUCUCAUCUCAUGACGGAAACUGAAUGGAGAAAUCUCGGUGUACAACAGAGUCCUGGCUGGCUGCACUUCUUGAUGAUCCUUCCUUCUACACAUGUGCUCCUCUUCAGGAGACCAAGAACAGAUAUUCCAGCACCCGUUAACGGACUGGAUAGUAAUACAAACUCGGCUGUUCAAGUAUGAUUGCGUCCACGUAAUGUUAUAUUUCAAAUGAUAACAUGUUGAAGACCUGGAUUGGAAAUCUAUUACUCAUAAAGGGCAUUUUUUUUUAUUAUUAUUAUAUACAUAUAUGUGUGCUA